CAUUCCUUCCCCUCCUCUUUUAUUUACAGGAUCAGUAAAGUUGAAAAAGAGGCAAGAGAGGGAAAAACAAAGGUAAACAAGGUGAUGAUAACAUCGAUCGGUAAUUGACGCAUCUCUCACACACACGAAACGACCGACCGCCUUCGUCAUUAAAGUACAUCAUUAAAGGCAUCCGCUAAUUCCAAGGGAAUCGACAAUCCUCUUUUCUUCUCAUCCUCAUUCAUCCCAUAACCAAUGAUGGAUUUCGAUGAGAUCCUUCCUGACAUCGGCGAGUACGGGACUUACCAGAAGCUGAUCCUGUGGUUCCUCCUCCUGCCGGGUACGAUGCCGUGCGGCUUCCACGCCUACAACCAGCUCUUCAUGGCUUCCACGCCCGAACACUGGUGCCGCCUGCAGAAGCUGGACGAUCUCAAUUUUACGACAGAGGUGACGAAGAACCUCAGCAUACCGUACGACAGUUCAACUCAGCAAUACAGCCGCUGCCAGAGGUACGACUACAACUACACUCAGCACCUCUCAAACCUGGAUCCGCUGAGUCUGAUGGGAGGGGGUGGCACGGUGACCCCGCCAAGUAGUGCCAAGGUGGUGCCGUGCGACCAAGGAUGGCACUACGAUCUUCCGAAAUACUCCACGUCGAUUGUCUCCGACUGGGACCUGGUCUGCGAGAACGACUUCAUGCCGACCCUCGCCCUCGUGCUCCUCGGCGCCAGCGGCCUCGUCGGGAACUUCGUCUUCGGAUACAUUCAGGACGGGUGUGGGCGGCGCCCGGCGUUCUUCAUUUACCUGGUGAUCGAAUGCGCCUUCGGGAUCGCCACCGCCUUCGCGCCGACAUUCGCCUGGUGGCUCGUGUGCCGCGUGGGCGUCGGCUUCACCGUGCCUGCCAUCAUGUCCACGCCCAUGGUGCUUGCCAUCGAGCUUGUGGGUCCGUCUAAGAGGACCUACACCACCGUCAUCAUGAACGUGGCCUACUCCUGCACGCUCAUCCUCCUGGCCGGCGUGGCGUACCUGGUGCGGGACUGGGCCCAGCUGGCUCUGGCGACGACCAUCCCCUUCCUCGCCUUCUUCUGCUUCUGGUGGGUGCUGCCCGAGUCCCCCAGGUGGCUGCUCGCGAACGGCCGCCUGACGGAGGCCGAGAAGAUCAUGGAGAAGAUGGCGAGGGUCAACGGCAAGCCUUUGUCACCGAAUUAUAUGGCCAAUUUUAGGCGAAAGUUCGAAGUGGAGAAGUACAUGUCGGGAAGGGAGGACGAGACGCCACAGAAGUCGUACGGAGUGUUGGAUCUCUUCAAGACGCCAAACCUUUGUCGCAAAACACUCAUCAUCACUUUCAUCUGGUUCACAAACACCUCCGUUUACGUCGGCCUGUCCUACUACGCCCCGGCGCUGGGGGGCGACGCCUACCUCAACUUCUUCCUGGCGGGCGUGGCUGAGCUGCCCACCUAUCUGUUCCUGUGGCCGUCCAUGGAGUACUGGGGCCGCCGCUGGACUCUGUGCUUCUCGAUGGUCGUCGGCGGCAGCGCCUGCGUAGCCACGGUUAUCACGCAGGACGACCCCCUGGUGACGCUGGUGCUGUACUGCGUCGGGAAGUUCGGGAUCUCGUCGAGCUUCGUGGUCCUUCCGCUGAUGGCCUCCGAGCUGUACCCGACGGUGGUGCGUGGGAUGGGCCUCUCCGUGUCGGCCGUCGCGGGCAUGAUCGGCCCCAUCGUCAUCCCGCUCAUCAACCACCUCGGCUCAGAGAUGAUGGUCCUCCCGCUGAUCAUCAUGGGCGUCCUCCUGAACCUGGGCGGCGUGUUCUCGCUGAUGCUGCCGGAGACGCUGCACCAGCACCUGCCUCAGAGCCUGCAGGAAGGGGAGGAGUUCGGCAAGUACUGGACCAUGGCAGACUACUGCACGUGUUGCCCCAAGAGGCCGAGCCGCGCGCACAGCACAGGAAGCAAGGUGCCCUCCGGCAAUGCGUUCGGAGACAGCGGAAGGUCAUCCCAGGGGGCCGAGGAGCUGCACGCCGCCACCACCCUCCUGCCUCAGCGCCACCAGCAGGAUGGGCGGCAGGAGAAUUCGACGAAGGCGAGCACCCUCGGCAGGAACGGCGUGCCUCCCGGGGACAGUGAGGAGCGGCCGCAGUCGAGGAUGUCUCUGGACGACUCCUGCAGGAGGCGUCAGGGAGGGGCGUCUGCCGGCGACGAGGGCGAGGAGGGCGCGGGGGAGAAGCAGACGCUCGUGACCGGCAGUAGAAAGGUCACCGUCGUCUAGUCCGCUUUCCUCAUUCACACUCGCACUAAGCGAAGCAAGAGUUCAUGAAAAAAAAGGGGAAAAUAGGUUUACAGCUUAAAACGGAAUGUAAUAAGAUUAAUUAUCAUCAUUACCUCUCGACAUGAACUGAAUAGUCAUCAGUCCUCUCGCUGCAAGUCGGCGGCUGAUAUUGAGCCGUCGUGGGUCGAAGGGAGAGGAGAGAUAAGCGGGGCUGUGCGAGAGGAGGCGCAGGCAAACGCGAUAAGGGUUACAUGAGAAAAGAUUUGUGUAUCUAAAUGUCACGUAGAAGAUAUACAAAACGAUUUUAAAAGAACCCACACACACACACACAGACACAAACACAAACACAAACACAAACACAAACACAAACACAAACACAAACACAC